AUGGGGUUCAUCCCGUGGGCUACAUCACCAAGUUCAACGUUUGAGAAGUCUCUGUACGACCUCAUAAGAGGUCUGAGAAACCACAAAGGCAACGAGAGGGAGUACCUCCAAAACUGCCUGAAGGAAUGUCGGUCCGAGGUGCGAAGCCAGGACUUGGACCUGAAGGCAACUGCUUUGCUGAAGUUGAUAUAUCUGGAGAUGUUCGGCCAUGACAUGUCGUGGGCCGCCUUCAACGUUCUCGAAGUUAUGGCCUCGCCCAAGUACCAUCAGAAGCGAGUUGGUUACCUCGGCGCCAUCCAGAGCUUCCGUACGGAUACCGAGGUUUUGAUGCUGGCAACAAAUCUCCUCAAGAAGGAUUUGACGGCCGCAUCGACGACAACCAUAGCUCUUCCGAUCGUUACUCUUCCGCAUGUCAUCACUCCGUCCCUCGCCCUCUCGGUUCUCCCCGAUCUCUUACCUCGACUAAGCCAUACUCACCCUGCCGUUCGGAAAAAGACCAUUGUGACGCUAUACCGACUGGCCCUAGUGUACCCAGAGACUCUACGGGCCGCAUGGCCGAAGAUCAAGGAAAGGCUGAUGGACAAGGCCGAGGACCCCAGCGUUACGGCUGCCAUUGUGAACGUUAUAUGCGAGCUGGGGUGGCGACGCCCUCAUGACUUCCUUCCCCUAGCCCCUAGACUCUUCGAAUUGCUCGUCGACAGUGGUAACAAUUGGAUGGCCAUAAAGUUGAUUAAGCUGUUUGCUACCUUGACGCCGUUAGAGCCAAGGCUUGCUCGAAAGCUGCUGCCUCCUCUGACGGAAAUUAUCCGGACGACUCCAGCCAUGUCCCUGCUCUACGAGUGUAUCAACGGCAUAAUACAGGGCGGUAUCUUGGGUAGCGGUGAUGACGCUGAUGGCAGAGAGGAGAUCGCCACCCUCUGUGUGAACAAACUCCGCAGUAUGAUCAUGAUAGAUGGAGAUGCUAACCUGAAAUAUGUGGCGCUCCUUGCAUUCAAUAAGAUCGUCAUCACUCAUCCCUGGCUCGUGGCUCAGCAAGAGGAUGUCAUUCUAGAAUGUAUCGACAGUACCGAUAUAUCGAUCCGCAUAAAAGCACUAGACCUUGUCCAAGGUAUGGUCGACAAUGACAACCUGGUCUCCAUUGUUAGUCGUCUUAUGAGGCAACUAAAAUUGGCAUCAUCGAGAGAUCGCAGGGUUGCUCCCAAUCCUUCAGGCGCAGGCCCAAGCCCAGGCGACUCAGAUGAAGACGAUUUCGAAGGUACAAUCAGUCCAGCGCAGGGGACAGCAGACCAGGCACCUCCACUCCCGGAUGAUUACAAGACGGACGUCAUCAACAGGAUUUUGGAUAUGUGUUCGCAGAACAACUACGGCUUCCUGGAUGACUUUGAGUGGUACAUUGACAUACUGAGUCAACUGGUGCGGACUGCUCCUUUACCUCGACAAAUCAAUGACACGGAAACUUCUCCGCCACCAGGGAAAUAUAGGAUUGGAGACAUCUCCGAGAAAAUCGGGAAUGAAGUACGCAACAUCGCUGUCAAAGUGCAGGCUAUUCGGAGUGCUUGUGUUCAAGCCGCCGAAGAAAUUGCAACCCAGCUCAACAGAGACACGGCAGGUGGGCAUUCCAUCGUCUCUGGAGCAAUGAGUCCAGUCGCCUGGGUUAUCGGUGAAUUCGCCUCCGAGUUAUCUGCACCAGAGGAUAGCCUAGGGCUCCUGCUUCGGUUGAUAUCAAGAAUAAGCUCCCCAGAACCCCUUGCAGCCUGCCUGCAAGCAGCCAUGAAGGUCUUCUCCUUAGUUGCUGGAGACCAGCUUGCCUCCUGGACCGCUGAGCGCAAAUCCAAGAUACUAUUGUUGAUGGCUCGCAUAGUCCAUACCUGCGAGCCCUUGGCACUACAUCCAAAUCUCGAAGUCCAAGAACGGGCAGUGGAAUUCGCGGAACUGCUCAAGCUAACAGCUGAAGCUGCGUCCGGCCAAGAGACGUCGACUGAUACUCUCCACCAGGACCCUCCGUUGCUGCUUACACAAGCGAUGCCAUUGCUGUUCGCAGGGUGGGAGUUGCAUUCAGUUGCCUUAGGGGCUCAGAAGAAUGUUCCGCUUCCAGAUGGCUUGGAUCUGGAUGAACCGAUCAACCCAAAUCUGAACUACCUACUCUCAUCUGCGGACUCAAUACCGAUUCCUGCGGAUGAAGAAGAUGAGUUCGAGACGUACUACAAUCAGCGACCACCUCCAACAAGUAUAGUAUCCGAGCCUGCCAUCAAUCGACUGGCCGAUGGACGUAAUGAGGUCGCUGGCUCUUAUCAACAACCGAUCGAGGAAACAUAUCUGGAUGCAGAUAUUCUAGCCAAACGCAAGGCAGAGCGGUCAGAGAAGAACCGUGAUGACCCAUUCUACAUUGGCGAACCCAGUUCGAUUCACAGGUCAUCAACACCUAUACACAACAUACUUCAGAACUCCAACGGGCCUGACUUGGAUGUCGACUCGAUCCCUAUCAUGGAGCUCGAUCUGAACAGACUGAGUGCGGAUGUCAACAAGUCGCCGGCCCAAGCGUCAAAGCGGACCAAACCGAAACCGCGGCAGAAGAUCGUGAUCGCUGCGGACGAAAAUCUCGGCAACAGCGGUCAGAGUACGCCCAGGAACUAUGACUCCGAGAACAACUCGGACAGCAACGCUGCCAAGGCGCGUGCGAGGAAGCUCAAGCAGUCCUUCCUGGCCGUCGACUCGACGAACAUCGGCGCGCUCAACCUUGAAGGCGACCCGGAUAGCGGCGCCUACGACCCUGAAACGCAGCAGCGCGAAGAAGCCGAGAUGGCGCGGGCGGUGAAGGAGGUCGAGCGCCUGCGGCUCGAGAUGCAGCGCGCCAACGAGCGCAUCCAGGUCGCGCAGGGCGUCGACGCCGCCGGCACCGUCGUCGUCCGGAAGAAGGCGAAAAAGCCCAGCAAGGCCAUGGUUGCCGGAGACGGUGACCAAAACGAGGCCGCGGCUGAGGCUGACGUCGUCAAGCCCGCCAAGAAAAAGAAAAAGAAGGUCGCGCCUAUAGAUGACGGCGAUGGCGACGGCGGUGCAGCGUCGGCAGAGUCGCAGGGGGUGGUGAAGCCCAAGAAGAAGAAGAAAGCUAAACCGGCUGAGAUACAGGAAACGGCAUAG